CUCCGAAGUGACAGGCUGACGCAUAUCGGCACACACGGGCACUUGGAUACGGCAUCGACUUCUAUCGGGGCCCCUGAGUAUCUGCGUUAUCUUCGUUUAUUGUAUUCUUCUUAUUCUUCUUAUGACCCUGGACCAGUGAACAAUCCUUGUCGCGCUCGGUAACUCCGGAGCCUACCUAGCAGCACCUGGUUAGCUCCUAUUUCUCGGUCACGAUGAAGGGCUGGCUCCAGGCCCUCGGUUUAACUGCCCUUUUGGCAGGGCGGGCGCUUGCCAAUGAAGUUGAACUGACACAAGAUGAAGCCCAUCGGCAACGGUGUUCGGGGAUGUACAGUCGCAAGGCUUGGGGCGGACAGGUCGACCCGUUCAUAUUGACCAAGUUUGUCUCGGAGUCGGGCGGCGAGGGCGAUCCUCUCGUCAGUAUGGUGGUCUUCGAAUGGAGUGAUGAAGCUUUGAUUGGGAGAUCGGUGUCUGACGACGCCGAGGAGAAAGAGACAAUCUGCGACGAAGCUAGUGUACGUGCGAAGCUGUGUAAAGAAGAAGAAAUCGGCUCCUUCAUCCUCGCCGCCAAUGCGACCGACGCCUCCCUCUUCCCGAUCAUGUCCAAAGCGAUCAAUCUGAAUAAGCCGGAGCCAAUCAACUACCCCAUCAAGAAAACAGGCUUCUACUGUGUGAGCACGUACGGGUUUUCCGGAAAGGACUAUAAAGCGGUGGUCGAGUUUAGGAAUGCGUACGGAGAACUUCCGGCAGCGCAAAUCGCCAAACUACCGUUUUAUGGCGGCCUGACCAUCGUCUAUGCUGUGGUUGGAAUAUUCUGGGCUUUCCUAUACGUGCAAAACCGACACGAUAUUUUGCCUGUGCAAAAUUACAUUACGGCCAUCCUAGUUUUCCUGAUUGUUGAACAGUUGAUGACUUGGGGCUUCUAUGACUACCAAAACAGGAACGGCCUAAAUGUCGGUGCAAAGGCACUGAUGGUCAUCGUGGCAGUCCUCAAUGCGGGACGGAAUGCCUUCUCAUUUUUCCUUCUCUUGAUCGUCUGUAUGGGUUACGGUGUUGUCAAGCCCUCUCUCGGUCGCGCUAUGGUUUAUGUCCGCAUCCUCGCUAUAACCCACUUUGUUUUCGCCGUGAUAUAUGCCGUCGCAAGUUUAUCGAUCACUCCAGACAGCGCUGGACCACUCGUCCUUCUGAUUGUGCUCCCGCUCGCCGGUACUCUGACUGCCUUCUACGUGUGGACGCUGAACUCGUUGAAUGCGACCAUGAAGGAUCUGGUGGACCGAAAGCAGAAGGUGAAGGCCAUGAUGUACAAGAAGCUGUGGUGGUGUAUUCUGGGUAGCAUCAUGGUGAUUUUCGGAUUCUUCUUCAUCAACUCGAUUGUCUUUGCUGGCCGCAGCGAGGCGAGCUUCGUGCCGGACCACUGGAAGACCCGAUGGUUUGUGCUGGACGGCUGGCUCAACCUUGUCUACUUGUUCGAUAUUGGUUUCGUUGCUUACCUGUGGCGACCUACCGCCAACAACCGGCGAUUCGCCAUGAGUGACGAGCUUGCGCAAGACGACGAUGGCUUCGAGAUCCGGUCCUUUGGUAGCGCGUUGGAUGAGGAAGACAUUCUCCCCGACAAUGAGGGACAACACCCCUCGGAGCAGCGACGUGAUCUCUCGCCUGUUCCUCCUAAGCCCGUUCCUUCCGCACCGCGCCAACGGGAGUCCUUGGACGGAGAGACGAUUUUCGCUGUCGGUGAAGACGGCGACAAAUGGACGGACGACGAGGAUGAAUCACCACGCAACUCUGGCGAGCGCCAACGACUCACCGGCAAGGACAGGGACUAAAAGCUUUCUUCUCUCUUCCUAUGCCCUAGACUGCUUCUUUUCGUGGCGGAUGAUCCCAAAUCGUGGUUGCGACACAUGCAUCACCUUGUACUGAUACCUGGGGUCACUGAACCCCAUUCUCAAUCGGAGGAAUUGAAAUGGUUUCUCUUUCAACCUUGGCAGGCAUUGAAAAGGCGUUCGGCCUGUUGGUUUUUUGUUGUAUCUUUCGUUUUCAUGUUCUCCAGCUACGCAGUGGUUCUUUUAGAUGACGAGGGAUAAAGUGCCCGCUUUCAUAAUGUAAAUGUUUGCAAUUCGUUUGUCUGCCG